AUAAGAUUAGUUUAACAUUUUGGGAAUUUCUUUUUUGAGCAUGCAACCCUGAUUUCGUCAACUGCAUGAACUGAUUCUGUGGGACCGGUUCAGGAUAUUUGUACAAACUUUUGUUUUUGAUCAAGAAAAUAGACAAAUAGCCUCAUGUGUACGGUGUUCAUAAAUGACAUGAAUGUGAAUGUAAAAAUUGCUAUGCGUUUCAUAACAAUGUACAUUUCAGUCCUUCGUUUAUUGAAUACGAUAUUGGACUUCAGAAAAUAAGUGAAAAUGUAAUAAUCCGCGCAACAUUAAAGAUGGUUUGACUUAGUAAUGAAUACACCGAUGUUUUAUUAGUGCUAGUUCCACCGGCUCGGGAUGCUUGGAAAUUCAGUACUGUAGGCUACUGUAUAAGCAGGCGGCUAUAAACAGCAGCGGGAGGGCUGGAUUUGCGUGAGUGGGGCUGGAUCUGGUUUAGACAGACUCAGUGCGGUGAUACAGCUCACAGAGCGGCUGUGCGGAAGUUCUUUCAUCCGUGCUGCAGGAGGGGUUCGCCUCUUUGCGAUUAUUCUCGCCACAACUUUACUGGGAUAAACCAAGGGGGAAAAGCACAACUCCCGGACAAGAUACACCCCGUUUGGAGUUGGCGGUGUUUUACAUAGACUCACCUUCCGGCCGCGUGAAUGCGGGAAGUAGCGCGGGGGCGGUAGUGCGUGAGACCUCAGUCGCCCGGACAGCAAUGCGAUUACGCCCCCUCCUUUCUGCUCUCACUUCGCCCGGUCGGAUACACGCACCGAAGCGUGUUUCACGGUGAUGCUCACGACGGCUAAGGCCCGAACGGGCGUUAUUUUACAGCAUAGUUUUAAUGACUUUUUUUUUUUUUUUGGUGCGGUAUGAUUGACAGUCGUGAUGCCCGCGUGAGCGACCUCUGAAAGGAGCCAAUGAGCACGAAGGGCUGUGAGCAAAGCUGACGGCACCAUGACGAGGCUGAGCCACAGCGAGCACGUCCUGCAGCAGCUCAACAACCAGCGGGAGUGGGGCUUCCUGUGCGACUGCUGCAUCGCCGUGGGGGACAUCUACUUCAGGGCUCACAAGGCUGUGCUGGCAGCCUGCAGCUCCUACUUUAGGAUGAUGUUCAUCAAAGACCAGCAGGCCAUGGCACGAGUAAACCUCAGCAACAUGCAAAUCAGCGCUGAAUGCUUUGACCUCAUUCUUCAGCUCAUGUACCUUGGCCGCAUUGCUGUGGGCUCCUACGAAUUUGAUGAGCUCAAGGCUGCCAUGGUCUACCUGCAGAUGUACUACAUCCCAGACUCUCUGGAUGACCUCAAGGACAUCCGCAAUUCAAACCUGGCCCCGUCAUCCUCGUCGUCGUCAUCGUCCUCUUCCUCCUCUUCCUCAUCGUCCUCCUCCACGGCCCUGGCUCUGCCUGGAAGGAGGAUGAUGUUUGGAGUGCGGAUGUAUGAGCAGCAGCCGCAACGCCAGGGGGCUACUGACGGAGAGCGCCUCCAACAGGCCGCGGCCUCUGCGUCGUCCCUCCAGACCUUGGGUGGCCUUGGCGGGGCUGCAACAAAGCCCACGGAAGAACCGGGGCUGCCCCUCAGCCUGUCCCUUGUGGCCGAGGCCAUGGCGGAGCAGCCGUGUGACCUGCGCAAGAAGCCAUCAGGCAGGAGCGCCACCAUGAAGGAGCGGCCUCGCUUCGGGCGCACCUACACCUGCGAUGACUGUGGCUUUGUCUUCAGCUGUGAGAAGCUCCUCAUUGAGCACAUCCUCACCUGCACCAACCGCAAGACCUUCCAUGCAGCCAAGGGGGCCAAGGGCCUGGAGGCAGACGGCAGCAAGGCAGAGAGCUCCUCCUCUGAGGGCUCGGAGGAGAACUUGGACUCCUGCAAGGUGGAGGGUGAAGCUCUUGAGAAGUCUGAUGUGGAGGUGUUGAGCAAAGGGACUGUGAUCAAGUCUGUUGGCACGGGGGCUGACAGCCAGCCCAAAUCUGCCCGGAAUACCAUCAUCAUCAAAAUGGAGCCUGAAGAUAGCCCUGAGCUGGAAAUGGAUGGCAUACAAGUAGUCCAGGUUGAUGAGAACUGUGUGGAGGGCUGCAGUUCACUGGCCAACCGUUUCAGGGACUCACUCCCCGAUCCAGGUGCCUUCGACCAAGAUGGGGUGGUCGGGCCCGUCAGCAUGGAGGACAGUAAUGACACUUUUGAGGCGCACAUGUCCACCAGCGAAGAUAAGAGUACGGGCACCCGGGCAAAACGUAUCAAGGAGGAGAGGGACGGCCGGCUGUGUCUGCCCUGUGAGCUGUGUGGGGAGCUGCUGACGGAGGACGACCAGUCAGCUCACUACAUCGCUAGCCACAUGGGCCACAUAUGCGCCUGCGGCAAGUGUGGCCAGAUCCUUGUCAAGGGCCGGCAGUUGCAGGAGCACGCCGAGCGCUGUGGCGAGCCCCAGGAUGCCGAGACGGAUUCACUGGGUGAGGACUCGCUGUCUGAGGAGCGGCAGGUUGUGGAGGAGGGCCUGCUGGAGGCCGAUGGCACAUUCGAGGGUGAGCUGGGUGCCACGUGCCCCGAUGACACUGACGAGAACUGCCUGGCCUACCGCUGCCCCCACUGCGGUCUGCACCUGGGCAGCGAGCGGCAAGCCUUGGAGCAUGUGGCCCGCUGCCCGGAGCAGGAACUGCUACGCUCUGGACUGCUGGACGAUGGCGAUCGGGACCACCGGCGCAAGCACUUCUGCGGCAUCUGUGGCAAGGGCUUUUUCCAGCGCUGCCACCUGCGAGAGCACUACACCGUCCACACCAAGGAGAAGCAGUUUGCCUGCCAGACCUGCGGGAAGCAGUUCCUGCGUGAGCGGCAGCUGCGGCUGCACAACGACAUGCACAAGGGCAUGGCCCGCUACGUCUGCCCCGUCUGCGACCAGGGCACCUUCCUUAAGCACGACCAUGUGCGGCACAUGAUCUCCCACCUGUCGGCCGGGGAGACCAUUUGCCAGGUGUGCUUCCAGAUCUUUCCGGGCAGUGAGCACCUGGAGCAGCACAUGGACGUGCACCUGUACAUCUGUGGCGUGUGCGGGGAGAAGUUCCGCCUCCGCAAGGACAUGAGAAGCCACUACAACUCCAAGCACACCAAGAGGUUAUAAGAGGGGAUGGCGAGACACAAGCGUCCGUCUGGUACACAAGCCAUAAAUGCGAGAGCGACAGUAGUCACCUCAGCACCGAUUCAGUUAAAUAAGUCACAUUGGCAUGUGACCUUCUGUAAGCAAAGUUAGCAACAGUAACCAGGGCACCUGAUAUACGGGUGUGUGCAAGAUUGAAUGCAGUAGUGUUGCAUACACAUUGUAUGAUGUAUUCCUUUUCUAUUUGUCCCAACUCCCUGUUGUCCGUAUACAUUUCACUUGUAUGAGACAUUCAUGAAGGCUCAUGUGUUACUUCACACGCACUUGACAUAUAUAUUCAUAUAUAGAAGCUUGGCUUUUCCAUCUAGUUCCAUGUUGUGUUAGAGCUAACCUUGUAGAUUAGGCAGAAUUUUCCAGAAGACGCCUCUGCAGGUGUAUCAGCGAGCCCUGUUUUUAUUUAUUUAUUUAUUCUUGGGGUUGGCGGGACGCACAUCUGGAAUCUGUUUGAUCCCUAAUUGGGACAUCAAGUGGGAUUCUGUCAGAUUCUCCAGUGUCCCGCGAAACCUCCCCCUACUGAACGAUCCCAACUGGAGUAUAUGGGGCAAUGCUCUGAGCUGCGUGAAUGCUGAACGGUGCGGUCCGGAGCAGAAAGCAUAUUACAAAGACAGGUUCAGAUGCAAAGGGUUAAAAAUGUAUGUGAAUGAAAUGCAGCUACAACAUGGUAAAACACUAGAGUCAGUGUGUUUGGCAGUCAGCUCAAGACAUUUCUUCCAGCUUUAUCUGGUGACUGUAUGGUGCUGCAGGUCUAUUUCUCUCAUCUUACUCAGUAUUUCUGUUGACAGUUUUUGGUUGGAAUCAUGGUUUGGGCUGGAUUGUCACUAGUCUCGCCAGCUUUGUCUGUGAUCAGACACCCAGUCCUCCAGUACCCGUUCUUCUUCCUUCUCAGAUAUCUUCUAUGUCUUCAGGCCAAAUAAAUUGGCCCCUUGCCUUUAAAAUGUCUGAAAUUUCUUAAGACUGGAAUUGUUUUGCAAGCUUUCCCUUUCAGUUUUCACCCAUGGCAGCACAUUGUGAAAUUUGGUCCCAAGUUUCCAAAUCCUGAUUUUCAAAAUAUUUGAAGACCUGAAUCUCUGACUUCCCCUGCUUUUUCCUCAUGAAGCACAGUGGUCAGUUUCCACAUUAUACAAACAGGUGUAAAAUAGUGUCUUUACACCUCUGUAUAAAAACCUUUAUGGUUAAGUGUAACAUUAAUCAUUUCAAUUCAUGAACAGAAUAUGUGGUUGGAUUCAUAUUGGAUAUAUUGUUAUGAGUUGAUGAUGCUAGGGAUAACAGCAAAUUGUUUUCUUUUUGCCUGUUUCAAAAAAGCAGAAUUGGUUUUCUUAUUAAGAACGUGCAUCUGGUCAUAUUUUAUUGUUUCCCGUUACGUGACUUUCCUGUACCACAAACAGGAGCACUUUUCUGCAGAGGGCUAAAUCGUUUUUUAAGGUGCUGAAUUUGCAUUUACUGUUUACAAAAUACAGUGACCUCUUCAGUGAAACUAUGUAUUUUUUAAUGUGUGUGCGCGCGCGGUGUGUGUGUGUGUGUGUGUAAAGGGAUCUUGUGCUUCAUUUUAAAAUGUUACUUAUGUUGCUGCGCCUUGAAGUGGCGCUGGUCCACUUUCAGUGUUGCACCCAUGUUCAGCAGAGGAAAAACUGAUGCGUCGUACGUGUUGUGAAACCGGCUCGCUCUGAUUGGCUGGCUUCACACUUGCCCCUCAGAAAAUGCAAAUACGUGUUUUUUUUCCUGUCCCAUGUUGUUUUACUUCUGGCAUGAGGGAGGUAAAAGCACCACAUAGCACUGCAGCUUCAGGGAGCGAGAGCUCACUCCUGAGCUGAGAGCUACCUGCCAACAGAGCAGAGAACAGGUUACAGCCGCGCCACAUGGACCCCAGGGAAUACUGGGACUCCUGGCAGCGCCACAUCUGGGCAUGCCCUCCAGUGAUCAGCUCCUAUGGAACAGGCAUGAUGUAAUGAGUCUGACGAACACUCGCGGAGUAGUGGGCUAACAGGUUUAGCACAAUAAUUGUGCCUUCUUCAUUUUUUUGGCCUUCUGCGUAGAUCUUUAGAAAGAUUGCUGCAAGGAAAGCGAUCAGAUCAAUCCAGUUGCUUUUUGCAAGCACAGUGCGGGUUUUCCAGUAUGAAAACAAGAGAAGUGCAAAUAUAUGUUUUCUACUAUUAAACAAUCAAAGCUAACA